AUGAAUACAGAACCAAAAAAGAAAGCGAAACUAAGAGAAGACUGGAGGGAGAAGUCCAAACCUAUACCACCCGGAGGAACUUAUCCAGCUAAAGAUCAUUGCAGUCGGUGUGGGUUAUGUGACACCUACUACAUUGCCCAUGUGAAGGAUGCAUGUGCAUUUCUUGGAGAUGGAAUGUCAAGGAUUGAGAGCUUGGAACCUGUUGUGCAUGGUAGAGGAAGGAAAGCUGAUUCCUUAGAAGACACAUAUUUUGGUGUCCAUCAAGAACAGCUUUAUGCUCGUAAGCUGAAGCCUGUUGAAGGAGCACAGUGGACUGGAAUUGUCACGACCAUAGCCAUUGAGAUGCUGAAAUCUAACAUGGUUGAGGCUGUUGUUUGUGUGCAGAGUGAUCCUGAAGAUAGAUUAUCUCCGAGACCAGUAUUGGCCAGGACACCUGAAGAAGUUAUGGUUGCAAGAGGUGUCAAGCCAACUCUGUCUCCUAAUCUGAAUACUCUUGAACUAAUCGAGGCUUCCGGAGUGAAACGUCUUCUUUUUUGCGGUGUGGGUUGUCAGGUGCAAGCAUUGAGAUCAGUGGAGCAGCAUCUGAAUCUGGAAAAGUUGUAUGUAUUAGGCACUAAUUGUGUGGACAAUGGAACACGGGAAGGACUUGACAAGUUUCUGAAAGCAGCUAGUAAGGAGCCAGAGACUGUUCUCCAUUAUGAGUUUAUGCAAGAUUACAAGGUCCAACUAAAACACUUGGACGGACACAUUGAAGAGGUUCCCUAUUUCUCUCUACCAGCAAACGAUUUAACUGAUGUCAUAGCUCCAUCUUGUUAUAGCUGCUUUGAUUACACAAAUGCAUUAGCGGAUUUGGUUAUCGGUUACAUGGGUGUUCCAAAGUAUUCAGGUGUGAACAUGACUGACCAUCCACAGUAUAUUACAGUGAGGAAUGAACGCGGGAAAGAAAUGCUAAGCUUAGUAGAAAACCUUUUGGAGACUUCUCCUACUAUUAGCAGCGGUGAUCGGCGACCUUUUGUGACAGAGACCGUUAAGGCAGAUGAUGCUGCCAAGUUUGGUCAAGGUCCUUCUCAGCCAGCGCCACUAUUUGUUGGAAACAUUAUUGCAUUCAUCCUAAAUUUGGUUGGUCCUAAGGGUCUAGAAUUUGCUCGGUACUCGUUGGAUUACCAUACCAUCAGAAACUAUUUGCAUGUAAACCGCAAAUGGGGAAAACAAAGAGCCGACAGUCACAUGCCAUCAUAUGCCAAAAAGAUAGUGGAAAUGUACAACAAAAACGGCCAAAUAGAUCAAAUGCUCUCCAAGAAAUGA